AUGGGCCUUCGUAGAACAUACUCCAGUUGCAGCCUUUCGUCUGUGCAAACUGUUGAUUUGAGCUCUGAAUCUGAGAGUGAGUUGGGAGCCUACUCAAUCAGAACAAAGAAGUUGCACAAUAUGCACAGCAUGAACAUGAAAUACUCGUUGGAAUAUGACAGCGAAUACGAGGCAUCCAUCGGCUCCUCGUUGAGCGAUGAGGAGGAUGAAGAGGAAAUUAUCGUCGAUCUGAACCCACGAGCCAUGGCGCAGCUACCUCGACAUCUCCAGAUGAUCAUAAUUGAGAUGCACGCUGAGCGCUACGUCAGGCUGAAAAUGGAGGAUCCAGACAUUCGAGUGAUGCCAGAUGAUUACUGGAUCAGGCCACUCCAACCCGUCCGGCCGACGUACUUGAGUAGGUUCCCGACACCACUUCUCGCAUUGCCACAGCCAAUCAUCAGAAACGACACCCCUCGAGGCAUGCCCGAUUAUACGUCUAAUCGCCAGGCAUUCGUCCAAAGCCUUGGGCCUGGAAAUCCGCGCAGAUGGAGUGCCCAGCCGACGACCUCAGGAAACGCCUUUGCAGCAUCGCAAUCGAUGGGUUAUGGUCACAGACGCCAUCUCAGACGGAAUAGCCAGGUUCAUGCAAAGCCUGAGAGAGAGUUUCGAGUCCUCAAUAGCUACCACCAGCCUUUGCCUGCGAACCUGGUAGUCAAUCAGAAACACCAAAAGCAGAGAACACGUCGAGGCUCUAGACUGAAGUCUUUGUCCAUUAAACCGGUUGCGUCAAACCUACGCGACCAUGUCAAGAAAAGCUUCUCGCGCCUGAACAAGUGGAUGAAAGCAUAA